UAAUGUUCACCACAUAUCUUAUUCAUAACUGAAAAUAAACUGUCAUAAACUGUCCGUGUUAUUUUUCUUUUCAUCCACGAGGUGGCAACGCGCGUCUUGUCGUUGUUUUGAUCGCUCAUGCAGACAUACAGCGAAAGAGAAACUUCGCAUUUGCGGAAAAGAAAAUAUGCACAAAAUAACUAAACCAAAGCUGGUUAAGAUAAGAAGUGCCAACGAGGCCAAAAAAUACGGAAUUGCAGCUGCUAACCUGAAGGAGCUGAUCAAAAAAGGAUGUAAUUUACUAAAGGUAUCCAGCUCCAAAGUACAUGUCUGCUUAUACGAGGAUGGGACAGUAGUUACUGAAGAGUAUUUUCAAAAUCUUCCCAAUAACACAGAACUUGUUUUGCUGCCUGAGGGACAGAGCUGGAAUGGACUUGUGCAUGAAAUAAACCAAGUCCUGGGUUUGGACAGAGACACAGACCUUCUGAUCAGUGCAGCAAAUAAUCUUCUGUCAGAUGAACAUUCUCCCAAGCGACGCAGAAUACUGGGAGACCUUCUGAGGAACCUGAGGGACAAUUCAGAGCUGGAGAACAGAGAAGAAGAUAAGGACUGGUUUAAAGGAAUUGAUGCCCGGUUUAAAACCAAGUCUGCUUACAUGAAGUAUAACUGUGAGAGCAGAAUCCGAGGAUAUUUGAAAGAGGUUGAUGGAUAUACGCAGACUAUUCCAAAUGCCAAGACAAAAAGUGAAUAUAAAAAGGUGGUGGAGAUCCUGGCAGAUAAGCUGAAGGCUGCACGGUAUAAUGGUACCUAUUUUGACAGAUCGGAGAGGGACAUCCACAGGCUUUGCACUGAAGAGGGCUGGUUCACCUGCCAGGGUGCCUUUGAUGAGAACAACUGUGCAUUUCUUCACUCAAUAAACCCGUACGGGAGCCGCGAGAGCAGAAUCCUCUUUAGCACCUGGAAUCUGGACCACCUGAUAGAAAAGAAGAGGACCGUCAUGCCCACACUCGCUGAGGCACUGAAGGGCAAUAAAAGCGGCGAUAUAAACGUGGAUUAUUUCUACAAACUGUUAUUCACAAGGGAAAAUCUCAAGCUCGUUCAUAUCGUCUGCCACAAGAAAGGGGCCCAUGAGCUCAGCUGUGACUCCCGAAAAAUCUACAAACGGGUCCGGAGGACUGUGAAAUCAAAGCACAUCCAUAAUCCUCUUGUGAAAUAUGCAGCUUAGUGUGAAAGUUUCAGCUUUGGUGAAUCACAAGCACUGAUGCAAGUACUGAGAUCCUCAGGGCCAUUUUAUCUUAUUAUGAGGUUAUAUUGUGUUUCAGGUACACACAUUUUUAAUUGUAACUUUUAGUUUCGGUUAUAUACCAAUUUUUGUACCAAAGCAACAUUUCGGUUUAAAUUAUGUGAAAACAUUUUUCAGGGUUUUAUAACUGUGACUGAUUUUAUAUUUUUAUAUUUCAAUUUUUAUUGGUUUAUUUUAAGCACAUAGGCCUGGUUUCACAGACGGGGUUUAGACUAAACCAGGAUUAGGCCAUAGUUCAAUUAGGACAUUUAAGUAAUUUUUCUAAAAAAAAAAAAAAACUACUACUGUGCAUCUUGAGAAAAAAACAAAGGCACUGAUAUAUUUUAAGGUCAAUCAGUCCAAGUUUCUUUUAGUUGAAACAGUUCAGACUUACAUUUUAGUCUGGGACUAGGCUUAAGCCUUGUCUGUGGAACC